GAUCCGAGAACUUGCAGAACCCAAGAAAGCAGCUCGUGCCCACGACCCCAGGCUCGUCUGGGGAAACCAAGAGACGAUCUGGACCAUCUCGUGGGGUGCUGUGACAGCUCCACCAUCCCCAAGAACAGUGGCACUGGCCAAGCCCAAGAAAGAUUUUGGCAAGAACCACUGCAGGUCAGUGAUUGGGGGACGUCCCCCAGUAGAGAAUUUUGGCUUCCCUUCUGAUCGGCUGCUGAAGUUGUCUGAACCUAAAAGACACCUGUCUGCUUACCUGCAGCAAAGACUUCGCCAGUCCCCUGAAUGGCCCGUGUCGCCAGCUGCACUGAGGUAUAAGGCCUCCCUGCGGAUCUUGGAGCUUGCACGGCCAAAGGUGUUGCACCCAGAGUUCCUGCCGGCCAGAGAGGUGCCAACACAGGUUACAGCUGUCGUGGCCAGAGCAUCCUCACGGUUACAGCGUCUCGCAGAGCCCCGGGUCAGGGAGGUGACCUGCUGCUAUGAGUAUGGUUUUCCUGAAUCUGUCAUCCGUCCGGUUUCCGAGUUCACUCAGAAGGCAAUUGCAAGCCCUCGGACUCUGGAGCUGGCCAUGGCAAAAAGAUUGCAUCCUGAUUAUGUGCCUCUGCGGGACGCUGAGUGGCCAGUGACAACGGCUGCAAAGCGUGCAGUGGCCACACCAAGGCUCGUGGAACUGGCCCAGCCUUGCAAAAGGCCUCCGACGGUCGCUGCUCAGUUCAACCCAGAUGCGUUCACUGUGAAGGAGGCUGCUAAGAAGGCAACAUGUUCUGCUCGGAUCCUAGAGCUGGCUCGUCCGAUUCAGCGCUGA